CAACGCUCGCCGGUCCGUGGUGCGUGCCGUGGCGCUUUUAGUUCACGCUGGCGACCGUGACGAAGAGGACACGGUGCUAAAACUGACGACUCUGCGCGAAACCUUCAUCCUGAAAAAUUCACCAAACUACUUUUGACUUAAAAACACUUAAAACUGUGCAUCAGCUUCAAGAAGUUCUUCAAGGGCACAUUUUCAAGGACAUUAUAAAAAUAUUUAUUUAUUUUGAGGUUAAAUCUAAGCAGGGAUGCCACACACAGGUCAAGCGGGAGUUAAUCAACUCGGUGGUGUAUUUGUCAACGGCCGCCCACUGCCCGACUGCGUGCGGAGACGGAUUGUUGAACUUGCGCUACUGGGCGUGCGCCCUUGUGACAUCUCACGACAACUUUUAGUCUCACACGGGUGCGUUUCGAAGAUUUUGACUAGAUUUUACGAGACUGGAUCAAUACGACCUGGGUCCAUCGGUGGAUCAAAAACUAAAACCAAUUCUGUAUUGCAGCAAGUAGCAACACCGACAGUGGUGAAAAAGAUCCUCCGCUUCAAACAAGAGAAUCCCGGAAUGUUCGCCUGGGAAAUUCGUGAACAAUUGGUCUCACAACGUGUCUGCGAACCGCACAACAUUCCCUCAGUCAGCUCAGUCAACAGAAUUCUACGCAACAGCGGCGCAUGGCCAGAUCCACCCGAAAUUCUACAUUCAAAUCGCCAUCAAUCACAAGAAGCUGUUUUACGAACAUCAGACGUCUACAAUCAGUCGUCGAAACCUCAUCAUAAUCAAAUGCAAGCAGCGUAUUUCUUAGACGCGUCUCAAGCGUAUCACAAUAAUCGCUUAGCAUCUCUGCAUCAUCAACUGCACAUAGCAACCACCGCCGCCGGGAGUGUACACGCUCCGCCCCCGCCUUCUUCCUUCUCCGAUGUAAUGUCUUCUUCAAUGGGGAGUAUCCCAGCAACGUGGUCAAAUCUCAUCAUCCCUUAUCACCACAAUGCGUCUCACAGUAAUAAUCAUCCUGAAAAUCAUAAUUCUGCACCGCGUGAAAGUGAUGUUGAUGUAAUUGUUGACGAUGCCGAUGCUGACUCAAAUAAUAAACAAGAUGAGGAUGAUGAUCAUGAAAUUACAAUAACAGAUGAUGAAAAGUUAUCGCCUGAAAUCUGCGGGAAUCAUGCAGGGAAAAAGCGAAAUCCUUAUUCGAUUGAAGAAUUAUUGAAGAAAACACCUGUAAAGAAACCUAAGGUUGUGUAUAGUCCCAUUGCACAAGUUAUUGAACAGCCAAUUGGUACAUUAAUCAAUCAUCAAAGUAUUAGUAUUGAUGCAGCGGAAAAAGUUGAAAAACAAAAAACAGAAAGUAAAAAGAUUAAAAAUGAACAUUAAUAGGAAUUAAUUCGCUGAAAAACGCCAUUUUUAAUUUAUUACUUUAUUUUUUACACGCGGGAUAAUAUACAAAUGAGUAUGGAAAUUAAUAUACAAAACUUAUUCAUAAAAAAAGUGUGGUAAAGCAUGCGUUUCAACACGAAAAGCUUAAACUCACUAACAAAGCGUUUUACCUUUGACAGUUUUGCCUCAUUAGUUUCAUUAGACUUUUCCACGACUUUUCCACGACAUCGGUGAAUAAGAGACGGAAUAAAGUUUUUCAUUAAAUUGCCCUUGCAAGCAGUGGCGAGUUGGCAAGCUAACGAAAUGAAAAGUAAUCGCUUCUUUUUCUUUUUUUCUUUGCGCAUAUUAAUUGCUUUAAAUUAGUUAUGCAAAUUUAUGACUUCAUAGAGCCGGAAUUUAAGCACUUUUUUGCUUUUCGUGUAGCUGCGAUUCUUAUUUCUUUAUUUAUAUUAUUGUAUAUAUAAAUUUACGUAAAUUUAAAACUUAACCUAAAAAAUUAAGGAAAAUAACCAAAAAUUUGGCUAAAUUAUUUUGAAUUUUAAAAGAAUCAAGUGUUGCAUAUCUAUAACUGUAUUAUAAUAGUGAUAAUAAUUAUGUACAUAUAUUUAUUUACGUUUUUUGUUUUUCUGUUGUUGAAACAACUUAAUAUCCUAUGACAAAAAAUAAUACUAAGCUGAUAUGAGCAAGGCCUGCAUCAUUUUAGCAAAUAAAAUUGUUUUAUUUGCAUUAAAACUACAUGAAUAUUAAAAAAAUUUCAAAAAUUAUUUGUGAAAAAUAUAAAAUCGCUAUAGCUGCAUGUAAAUAAAGUGUAAACUUGUCGUUAAGUAAUAAUUAUAUAUUGAUAAAUGUUAACAACUAAAGUCAUAAGUCUUAAAAUGUCAGACUUGAAUCAUACUUGAAUGUAUUUGAUGAAUGUACAAAAUAUUCUCUAAUUACUAACAAAAUUCUUUUGAACCUGAUGUAUUAGUACGAAUAAUAUUGUAUAAAUUACCAAAUUGUUUUUA